AUGAGCGCGGGGCCGCGAUGGCCGGCGCCCGGCAGCCUGCCUGCGCUCUGCGCCGCGCUGCUCCUGCUGGCUCUGCUGCCGCUCCCCGUGCGCGCCGAGGGGAAGCUCUUCGUGCUGGACUCUCAGAAUGGCUCUCGGGGCCUGGACCUGGAGGCCGCUCGGCUCUCUUGCAAGAGCAGGGGUGCCCACCUGGCAUCUGCUGGGGAGCUGAAGAGGGUGGUCCAGGACUGCGCCGCCGCAGUGUGCACGACGGGAUGGCUGGCGGAUGGCACCCUCGGGACAACCGUGUGUAGCAGAGGGAGUGGUGAACACCCAGUCUCCAGAGCUGUUGGUGUGACAAUUGACAGCCACCCGGUUCCCGGUGCCAAGAACAGUGCUCUCUGUAUUAAGGACGAAGAGAGACCAUGUGGAGACCCACCGUCCUUCCCACACACCAUCCUCCAGGGGCGCACUGGCUUGGAGAUGGGGGACGAGCUACUGUACGUGUGUGCGCCAGGGUCCGUCCCAGGCCAUCGGGAAACGGCCUUCACCUUGCUAUGCAACAGCUGCGGGGAAUGGUACGGACUGGUGCAAGCCUGUGGGAAAGAUGAGGCCGAGGCUCACAUUGACUAUGAAGAAAACUUCCCCGAUGACCGAUCCGUGUCAUUCAGGGAACUCAUGGAAGACUCCCGGGCAGAGGGAGAAAAGGAAAAAGCUCAGGAAGACGCCUCUGACGAGACACCGAAACAAGAUCGUCUGGUCUUCACUUCUGUCUCUAAAGAAAAUACAGCCCAGGAAAAAGCCCUUGUGCCAACCACAGGCUCGCCAGGCGCUGGGAGCGGAGUCCGCACAGACUGGCCAAGGUCCCGCCUACACCGGAAGUACUCCCUCUGGUUUCCAGCUGAGACUUUCCACAAGCCAGAGCUGGACCGGGAUGAGGGUGAUGAGACCAAAGAGCCACUUGCUGCCGGAGACAAUCACAGUGAAGAGAACCCGGCCCCAGAGGAGUCUGACACCAGGCUGGUCUACGCCACCACCUACAGCCCCUCGGAGCCAUUUGUGGACAGGAAUGACAGAAAGGCGGAGGACCCAGGGGUGAGCAGUAGCGAUGAUUCCUGGUUAGACGGCUACCCUGUGACCGAUGGGGCUUGGAGGAAGGUAGAAUCUGGGCAGGAGGACGAUGAGGACAAGGGGGAUGGGUCUGUGGGUCCGAACGAAGGUGUCCCCAUGACUCCCGAUCAACCUAUUGGCAAAGUUCAGGAGCACGAGAAUGUCACCGUCACACCGAGCGACUCCUUGAUGCACAGUUCGAUCGGUCCAUCUCAAAUGCUCGAUGUAGAAGCUCUGGUUCCAGGAGCCAUCAAUGUAUCUGAGACUGAGAAUUCCCAUACUAGGGACGUUGAUUCAACCAAUUAUCAAUCAGCUAUACCUCGGAGAGUCACCACACAGCAGUCACCCACGGCCACCUUACCCUAUGAACUGACCACCUCCUCCCAAGAGACAGUAACAGCAACCCUCCAGCCAACACACAAACGCAUCCCUUCCACUGAUGUAGAGGCCACCCAGCCUCCAGCAGAGGUCACAGCUCCCGAGGUUCAGGAUAACUUCCCAUACCUGCUGUCUGAGGACUUCUUGGGACAGGAGGGCCCUGGGCCUGGUGCGAGCGAGGAGAAGCGUCCUCCAACCUCGGCACCGUGUGUGGGGGAUGAGUGUCCUAGCUUCAGGAAAGGCCCGGUGAUCGCCACCAUCAUCACCGUCCUGUGUCUGCUGUUGCUCCUGGCAGUCGUGGGAGCCGUGUGGGGCUACCGCAGGUGCCAGCACAAAAGCUCUGUAUACAAGCUGAAUGUUGGACAGCGGCAGGCUAGACACUACCACCAGCAGAUUGAGAUGGAGAAGGUCUAGCCUCUGUCAGCACCGGCUCUUAAAGUUGCUUGGAGGAAGAUUAACUGUGACUGGUCACGCUGAUAAUUCUCCGGAUCUGAGGUGGAAGGGCUUCACCCUCUAGAGUUCAAGUCUUUCUUCUGUAUGCUGAGAAGUGUCUCUGGGGGUGCCUAAAGGGCAGAAAGGGGUUGGUGACAUCAUCACACGUGUCAGGGUCUCCUCAACCAGCUGCCCUCAGAAUUCAUUGCUGGAACCCCAGACCUCUGCUUUGGCCCUAUUCCAAUAGAAGGUUGUGGUAUAGCCGUUUUAAAAUCACCUUUUGUUUCAUCUUUAGAGAGGGAAUCACAAACUCUACGCUCCAGGGCUGACAGCGCAACCCAGUUCUUGGUUUCUUCUCUCAGGGCUAACCGUUUCUCUGGACUCCAGGAAGAAGGAAUGAUUUGGAAGCAGGGAAAUGUUUGAAGAAGUCCAAAGACUGCUUUGUCAAAUAUGGGUACUGCUUGGUGGAGAAUGAUUAAAAAUGAACAUGGUUGGCCCUGGCCUGAUCCAUUCCAGCCAUUGCUUAUUGGCGACCACUGAGUGGUGUCUCAACAGAAAGACAUUCCUCCUACCAGGGGCACAUCUCCUGGGGAGUUGUUGAAGAUGCGUCUGGACCAGCUCUUCGGGUAGUUCUGAUGUGCAUUGAUGUUAAGAACUGUUGGCUUCUGUCAUCUGUGGUGAUCUUGGAAUCCAGGAAGGCCCAGAGCCAGGGAGGUGAGGACCACCUGUGCCCUGUCUCACCUGGCCUCAGCAUCUCACAGAAACAUGUAAAGUGUCACCUCUGGCUGUCACCAGGGUGUCAGCUCAGAAGGAAACACACCAGGGUUUUCUAUCUGAAUUACAUUCUUGAAGGUGUGAAAACGACGACAGAGGCUGUACUUUUUUUUUU